ACUCCACGCUCCGCUGCAAGCAUCCAACUGAGCCCGCAACCAGCAGCAUCUCGCCGCUCGGAUGCAUCUCGCCGCCGACCUCCCCCCGCACCGGGGCCGAGGCGGCCCCGGCGCGGGGCCCAUCGCGCUCGCUUCCGUCCUGCUCCGACGCGAGAACCACCGGCGCCGCGCGCUCGCCUGCGGGGCCGUCCUCGCCUCCGCGCUGCUCCUCGUGGCCACGCCGCGGUUCCGCCACACCCCUGCGCUCCACCUCUUCGCCGACAUGCGCAAUCUCCUCGGCGUGCCCAACACGCUCAACGUGCUCACCGCCUACCCGCUUCUACUCGCCGGGGUCCCGGGCCUCGUCCUCUGCAUCUGCGGAAGCGGGUGCUUCGGCGUCAGCUUGAGGUGGGAGGCCUUGGGAUGGUUCCUAUUUUAUGCUGGGAAUGUAGCUGCAGCAUUUGGCUCGGCUUACUAUCACCUCAAGCCAGAUGAUGACCGCUUAAUAUGGGACAGGUUGCCGAUGAUGAUAUCCUCCUCCUCACUUUUGUCAAUUUUAGUAAUUGAAAGAGUUGAUGAGAGGGUUGGGCUAUCUUGUUUGAUCUCACUCCUAUCUCUUGUAUUAGUGAGCAGUGCAUGUGAAAGGGUGCUUGAUGAUAUGCGUUUAUGGGUGAUUCUGAACUUUGUUCCUUGCAUCGCCAUUCCUGCAAUGCUAUUCUUGUUUCCUCCCAAGUAUACGCAUUCAAGGUUUUGGUUCCUUGCUACAGGCUUUUACCUUCUGGCAAGAUUUGAAGGCCUUGCUGACAGGAAAGUUUACAGUGUGAACCGGUACUUCAUUAGCGGCCAUUCCCUGGAGCACCUUUGCUUUGCCCUGGUGACGUUUAUACUAACUGUGAUGCUGACCUUCAGAAAUAUUAAGAUUGCCAGGGACUCCUGACCUGUUGCUGAUUGUAACAUGGGUGCAGAAAUUCUGUGAAAAAAUUGCAAGUUUGGAAGACAGUCCCGGAGGACAAAGAGAUCCGGCUAGAUUCCUAGUAGAUAAUCUACCUUAACAUUGUUCCUGUUGCCGGGGUUGAUUCACCCUUCCCCGUGUUGUUUCAGACUUGGUGGCAUAGGUGAGGUCAUAUAGAGGGCGCAAUUUAUUGGUCGGUCCAAUUCAUACUGUGAAAAAUUAUCUGUGUCCGUAGUUUUGUAGACAUGGAAAAACUGGACGGCGAGAUUGCAUUGUAUACAGACAUCCAACUGUGAAAUGACUUGUUCCGUUCU